AUCGGUCUAAUGAGACUUCGCCUUUCUCCAGGGAGAGCACUCCGGAGGCCAGGAAAAUGGCCGCGGGGCUCCUGAGAGCCAGGAGAGAGGCUUUCGUGGCAUUCGGGGAUCUGGCUGUGGACUUCACCCAGGAAGAGUGGUGGUUGCUGAGCCCUGCUCAGAGGACCCUGUACAGAGAAGUGAUGCUGGAGACCUGCAACCACUUGGUCUCACUGGGCAUUCCAUUUUCCAAACCAAAACUCAUUACUCAGCUGGAGCACAGGGAGGAGCCCCGGAGAGGGGAGAGAAAACAUCUGCUGGACCCCUGUCUAGGAGGAUCAAAACCAGAAAUUCAACCUUAUCUCUCCUGCGCUCUGGCAUUCUCCAGUCAGCAAGCCCUCAGCCAACAUGGCUGGCUCAGUCAUCAACCUCAGAUAUUCUCAAGUUUACAUCCAGAAAGUCAUUUCCAUCCGGGGAAACAAAAUCCAGGAGGUCAGAAACAGCAGCAGGAACAACUUUUUGAUCAUAGCUGCUCUAGUGUCAAAGCGGAAGUUCAAGAGAAAGAAGACUUCAAAGCCUUGAUUGGGAGAGUAAACAAGAACACCACUUCAGGGGCAUUCUCCAGCCCACCUGAAGAACAGCCUGUUCGGCCCAAGGAAGACAGCACAGUGGUGGAACUAGGGCCCAGCUCAGAACAGAGGGCAGACCUUGAGGAAACAGACAAAGUUUUUAGUGAUUUAGAAAUCUCAGGAUUUGGAGCAAUCAAAUAUGGAGAGUUUGGACUAGGCUUUAUCAAGAGGUCAGAUCUACUCAACCUCCAGAAGGCACACACAGGGGAGAUACCUUACGUGUACAAGGAGUGGGGACAAGACUUGGGCAGUGUGUCAGUCUUCAUCAAAAACCAGAGGACAGACUCUGGGGAAAAGCCUUAUGUGUGCAGGGAAUGUGGGCGGGGCUUUACCUGGAAGUCAAACCUCAUCACGCACCAGAGGGCACAUUCAGGGGAGAAACCUUAUGUGUGCAAGGAGUGUGGACGAGCCUUUACUUGGAAGUCAAACCUCUUCACACAUCAGAGGACACAUUCAGGCGAGAAACCUUAUGUGUGCAAGGAGUGUGGACGAGGCUUUAGUUGGAAGUCAAACCUCUUCACACAUCAGAGGACACAUUCAGGGGUCAAGCCUUAUGUAUGCAAGGAAUGUGGGCAGAGCUUUAGCCUAAAGUCAAACCUCAUCACACACCAGAGGGCACACUCUGGAGAGAAGCCUUAUGUUUGCAGAGAAUGUGGGCGUGGCUUUUGCCAGAAUUCACACCUCAUUAGACAUAAGAGGACACAUUCGGGAGAGAAGCCUUAUGUUUGCAGGGAAUGCGAGCAAGCCUUUAGCCAGAAGUCACACCUCAACAGACACCUAAGGACGCACACAGGGGAGAAGCCGUUUGUAUGCAGGGAGUGUGGGCGAGGCUUUAAUGAUAAGUCAACCCUCAGCUCACACCAGAGGACGCACUCAGGGGAAAAGCCUUUCUUAUGCAGGGAGUGUGGUAGAAGCUUCAGCCAGCAGCCAAACCUAUUCAGGCACAGGACGACACACUCAGGUGAUACACCCCUUGUGUGCAAGGAAUGUGGGCAAGGCUUUUGUGAUAAGUUAACUCUCAUUACACACCAGAGGGCACACGGGGCAGCCUCAUGUGGGCAAGGCUUUAGCCGACAGUCACACUUCAUCAGACACCAGAGGACACAUUCAGGGGAGAAGCCUUAUAUUUGCAGGAAGUGUGGGCGAGGAUUUAGUUGGAAGUCAAACCUCAUCAGACAUCAGAGGACACACUCAAAACCCCACGUCUGUAGUGAGUGUGGGAAAGCCUUUUGCUAUAAGUCUGAAUUCAUUAGGCAUCAGAGAAGUCACACUGGGGAGAAACCAUAUGGAUGCACUGACUGUGGGAAAGCCUUUUCACAUAAGUCAACCCUCAUUAAACACCAGAGAAUUCACACUGGGGUAAGACCUUUUGAAUGUUUCUUUUGUGGGAAAGCCUUUACCCAAAAGUCACACCGCACAGAGCAUCAGAGGACACAUACAGGAGAGAGACCUUUUGUGUGCAGUGAAUGUGGGAAGUCAUUUGGUGAGAAAUCAUACCUCAAUGUUCAUCGAAAAAUGCACACAGGAGAAAAACCCUAUCGUUGCAGAGAAUGUGGGAAAUCCUUUAGCCAAAAGUCAUGUCUCAAUAAACAUUGGAGAACUCAUACAGGAGAAAAACCCUAUGGGUGCAAUGAAUGUGGCAAAGCUUUCUACCAGAAGACAAACCUGAGUAGACAUCAGAAAAUUCAUGCUAGGAACAAUGCCUGUAGGAAUGAAAAUCUGAUAAGUGUGGGAAAGCCUUGAGCAAGAUAUCCAAUUUCAUUGUGUAUCGUGGAAUUAAUCCUUAGGAGAAAUCUUAGCAAUUUAAUGAAUUCGGGCAAAGUGUGCCAUACCAUAACAGAACUCAUGCUCCAAUUGUGAUACAGACUUUUAUAGAAAAGAAUAUAGAAAAUACUUUAUAAACCAUAGAAAUGGUUUAUGAAAAUUCAAAAAUGUAUUCAUUGGAAGGACAACAGAAUACAAAAUACAUGUGAAGAGACUUAGGUGUAUUAUGGUACAUUCUGCAGCGAGCCAUGUAAUAAGCACUGUUUGUAUUUUGGAAUUAUAAAUGUGAACUUAACAUAAAUUGUGAAUAUCAAACACAUAUGCCAUAUUUUACGUAGAAUGCCAUCCAUCGAGGUUUUCUACACUAAAUAUCACCAUUGUCUUUUGGUGUCAUAAAUAUACAAAAGCCAAUAAUAAUAAUAAUUUAAAUAACAUGGUCAGCUAUUUUAAAAUAACUUUAACAUACCAGUUAUGUUUUCUCCACAUUUUCAUAAUAAAUGUUAAUGUCUGUAGCAGUUGCUAUUGAGCCCUUUCCUAAGUAAUAAAGCAGUGUUUUGUUAUAAGUCUUCUAUUAACUCAGCGAAACACUUUAUUAAAAACAUAUUUGUGUUGAAAAUGCAAAGCUAAGGAAGAGUUUCACAGCCUGAUAUUGGGAGAACAAAAUACUGUGAACUUGAUUACUCAACACAUUCACUAUUUGACAAAAAGUAGUGUGGCUCUGGUACAUUGUACACUAUUCCUAUUUUCUUAGUGUUGCUUAAAAUAUGACAUAUUAGUAGAAGGGACACUCUUUUUAUGGAUCUUAUAAUUCAGAAAUGUUUCAUGCAGAGACCAGUGAAGGAGAGUUUUUCUUUCCUUUUAUCUUUUGUAAAUUAAUCCAGCAACUUCCAUUUAUCUUCCUUAUAUUUCUUUGUGAACACCCUGGACACUAAAUCUCAAGUUUCAAAAAAGUCUUUCUGCUUCCCUGAGCUGCCAUGUCAUCCAUACAAGAAAAGAAAUGGCUACUUGGAACCUGCCUUGUUCAAGAUUUGCCUCCCUUUAAAAAUACCUGAUCCAGAAUGAGAAAGGAGCCAUAACUAUAGAUAUAGAAGUGAGUAAAAGAAUGAUAUAAGAUACCUAAUACAACUCUAGAUCAACAUAUUUUAAAACAAGAUAUAGAUGCUUUUCUAGCAAAAUAUAAGUUAUGGAAAUUGUGAUAUGAAGUAGAAAAAUUGGUGGAAUAUUAUAAUUGAAGAAUUUGGAAAAGUGAUUAAAGAUCUAUGAUUGAAAAAUGUUCCAGGCCUAGAUGAUUUCAUGAUUAGUUCUAUCUAACCUUUCAAGAAGGAAUAAUUCCAGUUGUUACUUAAAAUAUUCAAUCCAUGAACUAUGCUCCCCAAUUUAUUUUAUGAAGUCAGAAUAAAUUUAACACUAAAACCUAAUAUAGUGGGAAAAUUCGAACUCCAGACCAGUCUCAUUCAUGAAUACAGAAUCAAUUAUUGUAAUGAAAAUAAUAGCAAAUAGCUACACUGUGAUAACCACGUAAGAGUUAUUCCAAGAAUGCAGAGCCAGUUUAGUAAUAGGAAGUACAGGCAGUCACUGGAUUAUGAAUGAGAUCCGUUCCUGUGUUUUUAAGUCGAAUGUAGGUUAGUCAGAACAGGUACAUACAGUUCUUAUUUAGCCUUUAGUGCAAGAAAAGGCUCGGAGUCUUUUCAAUGAUUUAAAAGCUGCAUGUGCAGCAAGUGAAGAUGAUUGUGAUGAAUUUGUUGCAAGUAGGGGUUCGUUCCGUCAUUUCAAAGAGAGGGCAAACUUACAUAACAUUAAAGGGCAAGUAGGAGUUGUCUGUAAGUCGGACAAUUGGGGACUUACUAUGUAUCAAUAAAAUUAAUAACAGAAAAAUGUGAACUAUCAAUAGAUGCUGACAAGGCAUUUAAAAGAAUUUGCAGCCAUUCCUAAUCUAAUAAAAUAUAAAUUAAAUUGUAAUAGAUGGUAGCCACUUAAAGAGUCUCUUUAGAAAAAAACAGGAAUUUAAUAGUAUUGGAAAUCAGGAUGCCACUAUCACUAUUAUUAUGGAAUAUAUCUAUUAAAUAUUGCCUUGGAGGUUCCAGUGAAGGCAGUAAAAGAGAAAAUUAAAUAACUGGUAUAAACAAUGUAAAAGAAUAGGUAAAAGUCUUCCUUUUUGCUGAUGGUAUAAUUGUAUAUCAAUAAAUGAGGAAACUAAUUUUUUUUUUUAGUUGAAAAAAUAAUUUUCUAAGAAAGCAGGUUACAGAAAUCAAGAGCUUUACUCUGUGAUCAUAAUAAGCACCUAAUAAUUUAUAAUGCAUUUCCUUUGGAAUUAAACUAAACCCUUUUCCUAUGAGACCAGAAGAACUGGAUGGUACCCAGCUACUACUACUGAACAUUUUGAUAAAAGAUUCUAUAGAAGAAUCCUGAGCAGA